AUGGCCUGUAGGCAGCCAGAGCGAGAAGUCUGCAAUCUAAACACGACAACAUCCCCUGAGUUACAAGCAGGGGACUUGGACACUACCCAUACACAUACCUGUGCAGCUGUUGAGGAGCUACAAAGGGAGAUGGUACCUGACGCAGUGCUUCAAGUUGAGACCGAGAGCUUCCUUGUGAACCGACAAAGGCUGGCAAACUUGAGCCCAUAUUUCCGGGCCCUGUUCUACGGAGGAGGCCUAGAGAGUGCAAAGAGUCACAUUGAGAUUAAAGGAGUGCGCUUGGAGCAGUUCCGCAUUCUAAUGGAGUAUGCACAGAACUCUAGGUUGUCCUUGGACAGAGAGAACGUACUGGGGAUCCUGGAGACAGCGGACUUUCUCCAGCUGGAGCAAGCCAGGCUGCUGUGCUGUAAGUUCCUGGAGAGAGAGCUGCACCUGAGCAAUUGCUUGGGCAUGAUGGCCUAUGCAUGGCAGCUGGGCUGCCUGGAGCUCUACACAGCAGCACGGGAGGUGGCUCUCACCCACCUGCCUGCCCUGGCCUGUGAGGAGGACUUCUUGUACUUGUCCAAGGAGAGUGUGGCUGACCUCCUUUCUAGCGAUGGCCUAUUCCUGCCACGGGAGGAUUUUGCUUUUGAGGUCGUCCUGCGCUGGGCAACUUAUGAUCCCAGCCGCGAAGAUGACUUUGUGGAGCUGGCUGGCCUGGUGAGGCCUGAGUGUCUGACCCUGUCCUACAUCAGUGAGUUGCUGACCAGCGUCAAGGGCUCAGAUAGCCGUGCAAAGCUCAUCUGCAAGCUAGAUACCCACCCACCUGCCAGCUGGAGUGAAGCACGGUCCAAGCCUCGAACCCGGGCUACAGACACACUUUAUGUGCUUGGUGGGCCUCAUGACCUUGACAAGCAGACCCUAUAUCAGUUUCAUCCCCGUUGUGGGGUGUGGCAAUCAUGUGCACCCCUGAAGAGGAAGAAUCUCACGCAGUAUGCGGUGGCAGCAGUAGGGGAGAAUGUAGUGGUCACAGGGGGAUACUUCCUCGACGAGUUUGUGUGGUACAGCGUGGACUGGGUGAGAGUGUUCCAAUGUGAGUACAAUCGCUGGGUGGAUGGACCCUCAAUGCAGAAGUCCCGACACAGCCACUGCUCGGUGGGGCUCGGGGACAGGCUGUUUGUCCUAGGCGGCAGCAUGGACGAGGGGCCCGUGGCCGAUGUGGAGAGGCUGACGAUGGGAGCAGAGGGCUGGGAGAGCACCAGCCCCCUGGUGCGAGCUGUGGAGAGAGCAGCUGUUGCCACUCUGGGGGCCUGCAUCUACAUAGCCUGUGGUUUAGAUGAGAACGGCGAAGUCUACAGUGGCAUCCAGCGGUACCAGGUGGAGGCAGAUCAAUGGGACGUAGUCUCCUAUUCCCCACUUCCAAGGUAUGAUCUUCUCGCCACAGAACUGAAUGGUGCCCUCUAUGUCUUUGGAGGUCAGGCGCUGCGGCUAGAUGUAAUUACAGACGAGUGGACAGUCGUAGAGGAAGAUUGUCUGGACAGGAAAUUCUUCACAGGCUGCAGUACUGCCAACGGCCAGGUAUAUUUAAUGGGGGAGCGCAAGGGGAACAAGUCACUCCCCAACAUGGUGCUCCUGGACCCUUAUACUGACACCUGCAUAGAAAUAGAAAACAACAUCCCUUGUCCUGUACCAAUCCACGGUUGUGUCACCAUCAGAAUCACUUCCUGAUGACAAGGUUAAUGGGGCUCUUUAUUGGCUAGUAGCCUUGCUGGUCCCUGGCACACAAACCCACCUUCCUCACGGAUGAACCCUCUUGGUUAGUAGGUUCCUCAAACACUCAAGUAUACUGCUUCUUAUAUCUCAGUAUACUUCAAACAGAAUCAGUAAGAUGAAUGUUGCUUGGUGUUCCCUUUGUGCGCUCUGUAAUCCAAUUUUCCUCACUUCUGAACAGCCAAACAAAGAAGCUUUGAACAUAUA